AGCUUUCCUUGUUUAUUCAGUAAGUAUUUUGGUGUUUUUUGGACCACACCCAGCGAUGUUCAGGGGUUCCUCUUGGCUCUGAACUCUGAACAGGGAUGACUGUUGGUGCUCCGGGGACCCUGUGGGACGCCCCGGCUUGAAUCCAGGUGGCCUGUGCAUUAUCUGCUGUAUUACCUCUCCAGCCCUGGGGGUUGCAUGGCAUUGCCCAGACACCAUCUCAGAAGGCUGGGUGUGGGUUGGCUCCAACCCUGCUCGCUCCUAGGAUGGAGGGCGUGUUCAGGCUGGGGGCGUCAGGCCACCCACCUGUGAAUUCUCGCCCCACACAUUUCACCCCUGCAGAAUGUGGGGGCUCCCAGACACCCCAGACUCCUGGUUGUGGGUGCUCAGCCUUCCAGGCCCAAGUUCAUAGGAUCCCUGAAGAGCGAGGGGUCGCCCUGGGCCGGGUCACGUGCUGCGCCGAGGUCCCCGCGCCUCCGGCGGGGGAUGGGCGCGGAGGGCGCGCGCGGACCCUCGCGCGGCAGGAGCACCUGUGGCUCCAACGUCCCGUGCGGGAAGAAGGGGCGUGCCGUGGGCGUGGCCUGUCGGGCCGACUCCCUCAUCGAAUUGGCCCUCCGGUCCGUCACUUCCGAAGACCCGCCCCCGGCUAUAAAAGGCCGCCCACAGCUGCUCCAGACGGUUUGGGAACUGGCCUGGGCAGUGGACCCCGCGCCCUGGGCUUCCGGCUGACCACGGUGAGAAGCAGGGGAGUCUCCGACCGAGUGACUCUUCUGAGAAAUGUCCACCAGCGAGAUGGAGGCCUCUGCUAGCCCGCCUGUGGAGACGGAGGGAUCUACGCAGCAGGCCAGCGUGGGGGAGCGCGUGGCCAGCCUUCCCGUCAUCAGCACCACCUGCCAAAUGCUGUCGGCCGCCUACAACGCCACCAAGGACAGCCACCCCCACGUCAGGACCUUCUGCGAUGCGGCCGAGAAGGGCGUGCGGACCCUCUCCGAGGCCGCCGUCAGCGGGGCGCAGCCCAUCCUCUCCAAGCUGGAGCCCCAGAUCAAUACCGCUAGCGAGUACGCACACCGGGGGCUGGACAAGCUGGAGAACAGCGUGUCCGUCCUGCAGCAGCCGCCGGAGAAGGUCCUGGCCGACACCCGGGAGCUUGUGUCAUCCAAGGUAUCGGAGGCCCGAGAUGCCAUGUCCAGCGCCAAGGACACAGUGGCCACCUGCGUGACGGGGGCAGUGGACGCGACCCGGGACGCUGUGCAGAGUGGCGUGGACAGGACCAAGUGUGCCGUGUCCAGCGGCGUCCAGUCGGUCAUGGAUUCCCGUGUGGGCCAGAUGGUGCUGAGCGGAGUGGACACGAUCCUGGGCAGGUCGGAGGAAUGGGUGGACAACCACCUGCCCAUGACAGACGCUGAGCUGGGCCGCCUGGCCACGUCCCUGGACGGCGUGGACAUCGCGUCCCUGCAGCAGCAGCGGCAGGAGCAGAGCUACUUCGUGCGCUUAGGCUCGCUGUCGGAGCGGCUGCGCCAGCGCGCCUACCAGCACUCGCUGGGCAAGCUGCAGCUCAGCCGGCAGCGGGCACAGGAGGCGCUGCUGCAGCUGGCGCAGGCCAUCAGCCUGGUGGAAACGGCCAAGCAGGAGGCGGGUCAGAAGCUGGCAGAGGGGCAGGAGAAGCUCCACCAGAUGUGGCUCAACUGGCACAAGAAACAGCUCCCGGACGCUGAUGCCGAUGCAGCCAGGCCAGAGGUGGAGACGCAGACGCUCGCCAUGUUCCGGGACAUCACCGGCCAGCUGCAGGCCACCCUGGGCUCGCUGGGCGCCAGCGUGCAGGGGCUGCCGGCGCACGUGAAGGAGCAGGCGCGGCUGGCCGCGCGCCAGGUGGAGCAGCUGCAGGCCACCUUCGCGGGCGCGCAGUCCUUCCGUGAGCUGACGGCCAGUGCGCUGGAGCAGAGCCGCCAGCAGGUGGCGCAGGCGCGCGCGGCCCUGGACGGCGUGGUGGAGUACGUGGCCCAGAACACGCCCGUCACGUGGCUGGUGGGCCCCUUCGCCCCGGGGGUCGCCGAGCGAGCGCCCGAAGCGCAGAAGUAGGAUGCACCCCUACGCCCGGCGCGCUCCGGGGGUGCCUGCCAGCUGCACCCCCGGGAGCCGUGGUCCUCAAAACAGACACCCCCUCCCCCCAAAUCCCAAAUCCAUCCUUAGGGUGAGGGUUCUAGAGGAGAAAAACAAUUGUUUCCGAGAAUAUUCUAGAUGGUUCUUUUUUUUCCUCUUCCUUUCCCCCCAACCCCCUUUUCAGGGAAAUAGUUCUUCCAUAUACCUUACCUUUCUACGCCAAAGACCCUGAUGCCAUAGGCUUUAGUCAGUGGACUUGGGCUUGAGGGGGGCCCCUGG